GCCGGGGGGGAUACGAAGAUUAUAUCAAGUGGACUUGACAAGUAACUCGGUCCGUGAGAAUUACUCAGUAAGACUGUUUUGACUAAAGUGUGUUUAACUUAAUAAUACCGAACAUGUAUUGAUUCUUGUGUCGUAGUUAGCCGUAGCGGGCACUUUGCGGUCUUUGUGAUUCAGGUCAUGCUGGACUGUCAUCUCUGCGCACUGUCACUUUUUUGGACAUGUUGUAGAAAAUGCAAAGUUGUUCGUUUCCUAACAAAAACAAGCCGUUCCACUGGUUGAGGGGUGUUAGAAGACAAGGCGGAAAAUUGAUUUAAAUUUGAUGUGCCGCCUCGCAGGUGAUAGCAUAAUGGAUAUCCAUCGAGUCUAAGAGCAACGGCGGAUUUUGGGAGCCCGGCUUGAGUACCGCUACCAUCUGACGCUGGAUAUCGCCGUCCCUGCAAUGACUGAGCCCUCAAAACCGACUAUAGGGAGGAGAAUGAAGGCACGUGCCCCACCUCCACCGCAAGCCCCUCAACCCGCCCCACGCCACAUCUUCAGAAACACUGUGCCUGAUGGGGGAGGGACAUCAGGCAUGGACGCCAAGGAGAACAUGCUAAGGUCCACUGUGGAUUUACAGCUAACUCUACCAGAGGGAUAUCAGACUUCUGUAACUGAGGAAGGAAGUAAGGCACUGAUGGACCUGCUGGUAGAACUGUGUAGCCGCUACCACCUGAAUCCAGCACUGCACACCCUGGAGCUGCUGUCGCCCGAGGGUCAUCCUUUGGGGUUCAAGCCCAACGCUCUACUGGGCUCCCUCAACGUGGCCUGUGUCCUCAUCAAGGAGAAAGUCUGGGAGGAGAAGGUGGUGCGGAGACCGGCACCCAAAGUGCCUGAGAAAACAGUGCGUUUGAUGGUGAACUACCACGGUAGCCAGAAGGCAGUGGUACGGGUCAACCCAUUGGUACCACUCCAGGCUCUGACACCGGUCAUCUGUGACAAGUGUGAGUUUGACCCUGCAUAUGUCCUGCUCCUGAAGGACAGCAUAAGUCGCCACAGGUUACCAUUGGACAAAUCUCUGACAGAGCUGGGGAUCAAGGAGCUCUACGUACACGAUCAGAGUCUAGUUCUCCAGCCUAAAAUGGCUUCUGCCCCUGCGCUUAACUACUCAGACUCCAUUUGCUCCAGUACCACCAGUUUGGGCAGAGCAGAGAAGAAAAGCUUCCUGGGUAUCUUCCAGCUCAGCAGGGGGAAAUCAAAGACAGAGACAACAUCUGUGGACAUGGAUGACUGUGAUGAGAAAGUAAUCCAAAAUACUGACACACAAUCCAAUGGUCUGUCCACAGUGUCCAGAAUCCCCAGUGUGGAAGAUCGGCCCAGCACCUUGGGCCAGUCUCAGUCAGUCAUGAAUAUGACCAAGAUGUCUCCUAAGGCUGAAAUCAAGAAGAGGAGGGCCCCAGCACCACCUGAGACCCCAACACCCAUCAUGGGACACACUAGCUUCGAGGGCUAUCAGAUGGGUCUUGGCUCAGAAAGCCAGCAGAGGAAAAGAAAGGCUCCAGCCCCUCCUCCCACCCCAGCUUCCAUCACCCCAGGCUCUGAUGAAACUUCAACCUCUGCUGCUCCCACUCCUGAUAGCCACGCUACUGAAACACCUACCCCAGCCUUCCGCACCAAGGUGGCACAGUCAAUUCCAGUCUCUUCUAACAUUGUUGUAAUGCAAACAGUAAAACCAGUCCCCUUGAAAACAGCAGUACAACCUGCCACCCGAACUGCCAGCUCCCCAACCCCAAGCAGCAGCACCGCUGACAGCAUAGCUGCCCAGGAUUCCAGCUCUGAACUCAGCCACAGCCUUGAUUACUCAGAUGCUGACCUAGACCAGGCAAGUUCCCACUGCAGCACCCUCACCAGCAGCACAGCGAGUGGGUCUGUGCGGGUCCAACCUGCCACAAAAAGCUCCAGCAGCAGGAUGGAGGAAUCAGAGGAGUCUAUCAGCAUGGCUGCCAAAUUAAAUCAAGAGGUGUCCUCAGCCAGCAGCCCAAGGUUGGAGACUGAGUCGGCCCUCAACCUGAAACUGGAUGAAGUUGAGAACAACAGACACAGCACAAUGGCCUGGCUCCACUCUAUGCAGAGCUCUGCAGCCAGUGGCCAGAAAGCAGAUACCGAAACACCUGAGGAGGAAACUCUGUCCCUGGGCAGCAGCAGCAGCGGUGGCACCAGUCUGCCUGACCAGUUUUACGCUGCCUCUGAGGGCAUGGCAGAGGGCGAGGACUCCGGCAUGGUCAGUUCUCCAUCUGACACCCAACCCACAUCCCCAGAGGGGAGUUUGUCUCUGGAUGGAAGCAGUGGAGGCGGAGGAGAGAGACUGCUGGGACCAGUACGGGAAAAUUCCAGUGACAGUGAUGAGGGAUGUGCCACUUGGGGAUCAAGACACAGGCACAAUGACAUCACCCCACAGGCAAAGUCAGGUAUGUUAAAAGACAGCUAUGAAGAUCAACCAGAGCUCACAGCCCAGCUUCAUCAGACUUUGGCAGAUUUUGAAGCAGACCUUGCAGACCACAUAGAUAUUGUCUCAGCGAAGGAGAAUCCCUAUACAAUCUCCACAGACAGCACUGAGGUGCCAGUGUCUGUAGUGGACAUGGAUGUGCCAGUUACAGCCAUAGAUGAAGUAAUGGAGGACUAUGAACGUAACAUUGUAGAAAAUGAAGCAAAGUCACUUACCAGGACUGACUCAGCUGGCAGCAAAGGUCCAUGCUUUUGUCACCAGUCCAGUACAGAGCCACAGAAUAAAAACAACAAUGCUUAUACAGCUGCUGACAGUAACAAAAGCAGCAGUUUAAAUACUAAGCAGCUGUCUCAACUUGAGCAGCAUAAGAAGUCAGUGGAGAACAAGUCUAUAGGUGAUAAAACAGAAGACAAGAUAAUAGAGAUAAAAAUUAAAGAAAUGAGUAUCACUGAUACCAACAUUGUGAAAGAGGAUAAAGAAAAAACAAUAUCAGCAGUGAAAUCUAAUGUCAACAUGCAGAAACACAAUAAGAGCACUGAGAUAAAACCUGAUCCUGUCGAAAGUAACGCUCAAUCUUUUCAAGAGAAGAAACCUGUUCUACCACCAACAUGUCAGAGAUCAGUGUCUACAGAAAGAGCUGAAGAGAUGCAUAGAAUUUACGAAAAUAACUCCAGCUCUAAUACUUCACAUGGUAAAGUCACCCGCAAUGUCACAUCACGCUUCGGUAUGAAUACCUUCACUGUGGUCCCUCCCAAACCUUCUGUCAUGCAUGCUGCUACAGGAGAUUCAGCUGUCUCAUUAACUGCAGGCGCCAUUAAGAUUGACGAUCAAGGAAACAUAGUGGAAGAGGGUAUCUCAUGGAAAAAAGUUGGUGGUUCAUCAGAGUCAACGAAUUAUAGCAGUGAGGGGUCCUCUCUUCUGGGAAAAGCCAAAGCUUUUUGGAGCUCAAAUGAGAGACAAGAGAGCGCUGUGCCCCACAGCAAGGGUCAGAUUAAUAAGGCUAAGGAAAACACGGAUGGCCUGAGAAGUACCCCCACUGUUAUUUCAGAAACUGUACGGAAGACCAGUAACACUGAGUACCUGAAAACAACACAUAGUGUACUGAAUAAACCUGCAGAGAGAGCUCAGCCUAAAGAGAUGGUUAAGGGAGAAGCAAAAGAACAAGUGAAUGAUAUCCACGUUGCAAAGGAGGAGCAGGUAGAGGUGGAGAACAAGAUUUCAGUGUCCAGAAACAUUCAGCAGCCAAGUAAUAAAUCUUCCCUUCCCCCUCCAAUCCUUCCAGACCUGACAAGAGACCUGUCUUUCCUCAAACCAUCCAGGCGAACCUCAAGCCAUUACGUGGCAUCUGCCAUCACUAAAUACACCCCAAAGACCUCAGCUAAACCCAGCUCUAUCCCUAACGUCCCUGACUCCUCUGCCUCUGUGAAAACACAGACUAUCGGCUUCCAGAGAUCGGGCCGGUCCAUACAAGUGAAUCCACACCAAUCUUCCCAUUCAUCUUUGUCAGAUAAUAAGGAGAAUGAUGCUGCUUAUAAACCCAACCCUUCUGGUCCUAAGAGGUUCAAGAGCUACCCAGAGUAUGUGUCAGGUAGCCAGAGAGAUUUUGGAGAAGUGAGACCGGACACGGGAGGAUUUGCAUGUUGUGUUGGAUCCACUAAAGGAAGCUCUAAUAUGCUGGAAACAGAAACAGCCAAGAAUACACACAUUCAGUCUAGUGGCCCCACGCAGUUAAAUGUGACCGCCAAAAAUGACAGAGACAAUAUUAAACAUAUUUGGCCCAGAAGCCCCAACCCUGCACAAAGCAGUCCUCUACACUCAUCUGCCAAACCACCCACAGCCCCAAAGUCCAUAUCCCAAGGCCAGACAAGUAACACAAGAGAUAUGCCCAAGACAGCCACCCACCCAACACCUGAUGUGAUACCCCAACCUUCUGUCAAAUUGUCAGACAGGGAAGAUAUAUCAGGGCCAGUGACAGUGUUUGGGCCAGUUAAAAAGUUCAGACCAGUGAUCUGUAGAUCUGUGGAGAAAGAGACGUCUCUCCACAGCAGCCUGAUGGAGGCAAUCCAGACAGGGGGAGGCAGGGACAGACUCAAGAAGAUAUCUACUUCUGGUCCCGGUAGCAUUAAGAAAGCAUCUUAUGUGGAGGAGGAUAAUGAGAGGUCUGCUCUUCUGGUCGCCAUUAGAGCCCAAAGCAACUCCGGCGGGCUGAGGAAGACCAAAUCUGAGGCUGCAGAUGAGCUUGAGAAGUUCAGGAAGGUGGCUUCUGAGGAGGAGAGAAGUGUAGACCCUCCUUCCUCUCCCUCUCCUCCCUAUUUGACUUCCACGUCACCUCCUGUCUUUACCCCACCACUAGCACCCAUGGUUGCACCUCCAACUCCACCCCCUGUCUUGCCCCAGGGUAAGCCUAGCACUUUGGCACAUCCAAGUGCUAACACCCCAAUGAACCCUGCCUUGGCCAGGGAGGCUAUGCUGGAGACCAUUCGCUCUGGAUCUGCUGCUGAGAGGCUCAAAAAGGUUGCUAUGCCCACAAACACAGUCAAAGUGAACGGGAGACUGGGAACAAUCCAAGCAAGCACCUCAGCAGUUCCUCAGCAAAAAGGGGGAAGCCCACAUCACCGCAUUGAGGAAUAAUUUAUCAAAUUCUAUUUUGGUUUUCGCUUUUUGCCAUUGUGCUUUUGCAACAGACAUUUGGAUUGAGUCAUAUUUUGAGUCAAUGUUAUUUAAACUUCACAUCUCUCACUACCAGUCUGGGGCCUUAAACUUAAACUAUUGCAGUUUUUAAAGGAACAGUAAGGCAGGAGGACUGUUAUUUUCGCUUAUAUUAUCCACUAAAACACUUCCUCUUUGCAAGCAAAUGUUACUCUGUUACUAGCCAAACACCUGUAACAUCUGUCUGAUAAAGGCUUCAUUGGUGAAAGGUUUGCAGUCAAUUCCAUCCAUAAUAUCAGAUCUCUCAGCUUCUAACAAUAGCUUGCUGUGAAAUGUUUGUGUUUAUCUUUAUAACAUAGUGUUGUUCCUAAAUAUACCUUGCCAUCUGUACUUGAAUUCAGUAGUUUUAACUGGAACUUUGUACGAAAUGUGUGCCAAUGAAAGCGAAUUUAAAUGGUCUAUACUACUUUCACAUUUUUUGUUCUGAUCCUUUUUAUUUUUAUUUGCUUUUACCACAGUAAGUCAUGGAUGCCCUCUACUGUUAUUCAGUGUUAUGUAUAUGAUGUUUGUUGUAACAAUUUUCCAAAGGGUGCAAUAAGUUGGAUCUGAUAAUGUUUCCAGACUUUGGACUACUUAAUGUUUGUUUAACAAAUUAAGAUUAUUGAAAUCUUAAAUACACUUAAGAAAGCAAUGGAUAGAUCCACUAGCAAUUUUUUAGGUAUAUUAUUUUACCCAGAUCUGGUCCAUGAUGCCAACUUUUAAAGUUUUUGGCUCUGAGGAACAAGAUGGUGAUGACUGACUAGUGCCUGUUAGCUCAUAAUGUUCCCGUUUUAGCCUCUAACCGUCAUUUGUGCUGCUGUUUAUAAACUAAAGACAUUGUCAAACAUGGUCAGUACCCUGCAGAAACUUAAAUUUGUACAGGUGCGAUAUGAUCUACCAUGCCUUUUUAUGUUUGAGAUAUUACAUAUAAAGAUUACCCUUUCGUUUCCUUGACAUUUCAGUGACGUUAUUAAAGUAUAUCAAUGGCGGAUGCCAUAAUGAGCAAAGAGAUUAGUUAAUUGAUCUACAAUUUAAGACCAAUAUGUAAGAGCCUGUGUAAUACAAAAAACUGUUGUAAGAAGGCAGAAGUUUAGGUUAGCUAUGGCCUUUAUUGUGGCAAAUGUGAGCGUGUUUCAUUCUGCUCCUUUGUAGGUAAAGUUUACAGUGUGGAGUAGCUUUUUUGAUAGAGGGAGAGUGGACCACAACCAUUAAAAGCUAUAGUUAUGGAUAAAGUAGGAUGUCCUCACUGAAUCUUCAGAAUGAAGAACAACCUAGAGCAUCCAUAUUCAGGUAUAAAUGCUUUGCGGCUGUGUAUUGUGAGAUAAAUCUGAGUAAAAGGAGUUGAAUUUAGUUUUAUAGAGAUAUAUUUUAAUUUAUGCUCAGUUUCAACACUCAAAACAUAUUUUUACUGUUUUAUCUUUUAUUCUGAGAGUGAAAAUCUUAAGAGCUUUUCUGUUUUUUUCCCUCUAACUAGAAAGAAUUAUUUCAUUUCUGCGAGAUGAUUUCAUACACACACAGCAGCUUACAGCACAUUGUAGCAUUGUAUAUUUUGUAAACUAAAGAAAGAUCAUCAUCACGAUAAUUUUGAUUUAAAUCUUUGAUAGAAAGCUAUUGCACGGAUAGCAUUUUAUAAGCUUUUAAGUUUUAAUUGCACUUUGUUUUUACAGAAGGCUGCACAGUUAUUUUUGU